GCCGCAGAUCGCCGGGGGUAGUGGUGGGCGUUUCUCCGCGGUCGUUAGCUGACUGUUGAUGCUGAGAAGAUUUUUUCCGACGUUUCCUGCCAACUCUCCAGAUGUUUCUCCCUACACUCGUAGAGGACAUGCAUCACUUCAAGCCAAGCCGAGAUAGACUGUACACCACCCGGUGCUGUGGAUGUUGCCAUGUUCGGACCGGGACUAUCAUCCUGGGAACAUGGUAUAUGGUGGUCAACCUGUUGAUGGGAAUCCUGCUGACCGUGGCUGUGACGCACCCAGAGAACGUACCAACUAUCGACCUGCAGUAUGAGGUCAUUGACCAUUACUUUGCUUCCGACAGGAUGUCCGAAAAUGCCUGUGUUGGAUUUGCCAUCUCUCUGCUGAUGCUCACUAUCAGUGCCAUGAUGGUGUACGGAGCAAUCACUCACCGUGAUGGAUGGCUCAUCCCGUUUUUCUGCUACCAGCUGUUUGACUUUGCUCUGAGCUGCCUGGUGGCCAUCAGUUCUCUCACUUACCUUCCCAGGAUCCGGGACUACCUGGAGCAGCUGCCGGAUUUCCCAUACAAGGAUUAUCUUCUGUCUCUGAACUCAAGCUGCCUCCUCCUCUUUGUGCUGGUCUUCUUCGCCUUCCUGAUCAUUCUCAAGGCUUACUUGAUCAACUGUGUGUGGAACUGCUACAAGUACAUCAACAACAGGAACAUGCCAGAGAUUGCUGUGUACCCGGCUUUUGAGACCCCUCCCCAGUACAUUCUGCCCACCUAUGAGAUGGCGAUGAAGAUGCCAGAGAAAGACCCUCCUCCCCCUUACAUGCCAGCCUAAUCACCAGCUGUGUCACCAGGACACGCACAUGCACACCCAGCCAUCAUAUGCAUUCCUACAUGCCCCCCUCCCCCCAGUCUAACCCAUUUCUGAACACCAUGAAGCCCUUAUGCCCCCUCUGAACCCUCUGUGUCUGUGUGAGUCCUUUAAAAAUGUUCUGUUCAAUCUC